AUGGAAAACACUUCUACGGCAAAUAUAAGCAAAGUCAAUGUUCUUGACUUGGCAACGGUUCCUAUUUCAAGACCAGAAGGCAUAGCAUGGUGCAUUUCACUUUCUUUUCUUUCUUUUUUUACUGUCGUUGGAAACCUUCUCAUAAUAAUUCUCUUUUCAGUUAACAAAAGAGUUCGGAAAAAAAGCUUGUAUUUUGUGAUCAAUAUGGCUUCCGCUGAUCUGAUGUUAGGAACUUUGGGUCUUCCACUUUAUGUUCAAUUUCUUAUCAGCACUGAUUACUAUCGACUUUCCACACCAAAGAUGAAUUGGACUUUGGUUUAUGUGUCUAGGAGUUCUUACAAACUUUCGUUGUUUGUGUCACUUACGUCUGCGGCUUUGAUAUCCUAUGAGAGGUUUUACGCCAUAUAUUGGCCAUUCAGACACCGAAGAGUAACAGUUCGAACAUACCACAUUUUCAUUUUUAAAUCGUGGACGCUAAAUGUCCCAAUGAAUGCUAUUGGCUACGUUUAUUUAAAAUCAAACAACGAUUUCAUCAGCGUGGUAGACUUAAUCUUCAAAGAAGAUAACCUUUUGCGCGAGAUGGCACCGAUGAAUAACACAUCUUCAGCAAAUGUUAGCAUAGAUGUAAAACCUGGUUUCUCCUUAAGCGCUCUUUCGAGGCCAGAAGUCGUUAUUGCUAUGGUUCUCAAUUGUUGUAAUGCUUUUAUAAAUCCAGUUAUGUAUGCAUUGAGAAUUCCAGAGUUUCGACAAGCACUAGCUCUCAGCUGUGUCACAAAGCGAGUUGGAAUGAAACCGGGAAUAAUUACAAUCAAAGGAAACAACGAAGAGGAGAGACAAAACUAA